AUGGCAAUGGCUUCCUGGAAUGCCACUGUCAACCAACUUCCUGGUAGAGGACCCCGUGUUGUCACCAUUCAUGGGCAAACCUACCACUUGACAUGUGCAACAGAUGCAGCUGAUGGUGAACGUCCACAGUAUUCUCAAUUAUACAUACUGGAUACAAAUCAAGCAUUGCAGGAAAGAAUUAAUGAUCCAAGAAAUGCAAACCUGCAACCUGAGGUCUUGCAGCUGCUACAGGAUGAGCUCAAGGCUGUUAAUCCAUUUGCAAGGCAGUUUCAAAAUAUGGGACGAGUUCUUGAAAGAGAACGCAACAAUGCAACUGCAAACAAUCAACCAUUACCCCCAGUGAGGAUGAUCAUAGCACAGCGACCGUUUCAAGAUCGACGUUAUCAUAAUCCUACAGCAACAGAAAUAGCUGCAGUUUAUGUUGGAGAUGAUGGAGCAGCCUCUGACCCAGCUAACAGGGAUAUAGUAGUAUACAAUGCUGCCAACUACAAUACAACAAAAAUCAAAGCAACAUCUCCAAAUGCAGAUCCCCUGACACAUCCUCUUUUGUUCUUUCAUGGAGAAUUAGGGUGGAAUGUUGAUCUUCGACGUAAUCAGCAGCAACCAGCAGCUCCUGGUCGUAAUCCAAGGGUACGAAUCACUCUCAAUGAAUUCUAUGCUUACAGGAUUGCUGUUCGAGAUAGUUUUUCAGCCAUUCACCACUCCAAGUUGCUUUUUCAGCAAUAUCUGGUUGAUGCAUACACAAAAAUUGAAGGAAAUGAACUGAACUACAUCAGAACCCAUCAAAGACAAAUGAGGGUAGAAUCAUAUCAAGGUCUCAUGGAUCAUGUACACAGGUGA